ACCAUAUCACCCGGCUUGUCUUCGUGCUCCGAGCUGCCAGUUUGCUGGUUGCCAAGCAGUUAUCAUUGUUUCUGUGGCGAUUGCAGAGGCUGUUGCUAAUUGGAGAAGCCCCACUGGCAAGCAGCAUCUUCCUCUUUCAGUGCCCCUGCAUUUGGAAGAUCUAGAUUUGGGCUUGCCUUCUUCUUUUUCUUUUCUUUUUCUUUUUUUUUUAAAUCCCCAACCCCUUCCACACACCAAAAAAGAAUCGGUCCGAAUUAAUGCUCAGAAGUGAUGGACUAAAUUACCCCCGCCUUGGCUCUGGUGCCUCUAAACUCGCAGAAGAGCCCGGUGGCCACUCUGGUGGUGGACACCGUGAAUAGGUGAUCAUGACGACCACCAAGGACCAAAAUGCUUCAGGGAAAACUGUGCAACAACAGGAGCAGGAGCUGGUGGGGAGUAAUCCUCCACAAAGGAACUGGAAAGGAAUUGCAAUCGCUCUGCUUGUUAUCCUGGUUAUCUGCUCCCUGAUUGUCACCUCCGUUAUACUUCUCACGCCAGCGGAAGAUAACAGCCUGUCACAGAAAGGGAAGAUAACCGUGGAAGAUCUGUUCAGUGCCGAUUUCAAGAUUCAUGACCCGGAGGCUAAAUGGAUAAGUGAUAAGGAAUUCAUCUACCGAGAACAAAAUGGCACGGUCAUGCUGCGGAAUGUCGAGACGAACCGUUCUACCAUAUUAAUAGAAAGCCAAAAAAUUGAGUUGUUAAAAGCCAUCCGAUAUGAAGUGUCUCCCGAUAGGGAAUAUGCCCUCUUCUCAUAUGGUGUCGAACCGGUCUAUCGACACUCCUAUACUGGAUACUACGUCCUGAGCAAAAUUCCUUUCGGGGAAUCUCAGAAUCUGUAUCCUCCUGAGGUCAGCAAUGCCAAGCUUCAGUACGCAGGAUGGGGCCCCAAAGGUCAACAGCUGAUCUUCAUCUUUGAGAAUAACAUCUAUUACUGUGCCCAUGUGGGGAAGCAAGCUAUCCGGGUGGUCUCUACCGGGAAGGAAGGUGUGAUUUUCAAUGGCCUCAGCGACUGGCUUUAUGAAGAGGAGAUUCUGAAGACUCACAUCGCCCAUUGGUGGUCUCCAGAUGGCACCAGGCUAGCCUACGCUACAAUCAAUGAUUCCAGGGUCCCGACAAUGGAGCUUCCGACAUACACCGGCUCGCUCUACCCCACGGUCAAGCCAUACCACUACCCCAAGGCUGGAUGUGAAAACCCAAGCAUCUCCUUGCAUGUCAUUGGUUUGAACGGACCCACCCACGAUCUGGAGAUGACUCCUCCAGAUGACCCUCGAAUGAGGGAGUACUACAUCACGAUGGUGAAAUGGGCCACUAGCACCAAGGUGGCAGUGAACUGGCUGAACCGGGCCCAGAACGUCUCCAUCCUGACCCUUUGCGAUGCCACCACUGGAGUCUGCACCAAGAAACAUGAGGACGAGAGCGAGGCUUGGCUGCACAGACAGAAUGAAGAGCCGAUUUUCUCCAGGGACGGCCGGAAGCUGUUCUUCGUCAGAGCCAUUCCCCAGGGCGGGCGGGGGAAGUUCUACCACAUCGCCAUGGCCACGUCUCAGCCCAACAGCAGCAAUGACAACCUUCAGACCAUCACAUCUGGUGACUGGGACGUGACCAAGAUUGUGGCCUACGAUGAAAAGAGACAUAAAAUUUACUUCCUCAGCACCGAAGAUUUACCAAGAAGGCGGCAGUUGUACAGUGCCAACACAUUCGGCAACUUCAACCGGCAGUGCCUCUCCUGCGAUCUGAUUGAGAACUGCACUUAUUUCAGUGCUUCCUUCAGCCACAACCUAGACUUCUUCCUGUUGAAAUGCGAAGGACCAAGAGUCCCCAUAGUGACCAUCCACAAUACAACCGACAGAACAAAACUCAUUGAGCUGGAAGUGAAUGAGAACGUCCAGAGGACCGUCGGAGAUCGACAGAUGCCCAAGAUCGAUUACAGGGAAAUCCGGAUAGAUGAUUACAAAUUGCCGAUGCAGAUCUUGAAGCCAGCCACCUUCACAGACACGGCCCACUACCCCUUGCUCCUGGUGGUGGACGGGACCCCUGGUGGGCAGAGCGUCACUGAGCAAUUUCAGGUGAACUGGGUCACGGUGCUGGUGAGCAGCCACAACGCGAUCGUGGUGCGGCUGGAUGGCCGGGGCAGUGGUUUUCAGGGCACCAAGCUCCUCCACGAGGUGAAGAGGAAGCUGGGCUCCGAGGAGGAGAAGGAUCAGAUGGAAGCCGUGCGGACAAUGUUGAAAGAACAAUAUAUUGAUAAAACACGAGUCGCAGUAUUUGGAAAGGAUUAUGGAGGUUACCUGAGCGCCUACAUCCUGCCAGUGAAGGAGGAAAAUCAAGCCCAGGUUUUCACCUGUGGAGCUGCUCUCUCACCGAUUACCGACUUUAAGCUGUAUGCUUCUGCGUUUUCAGAAAGAUACUUGGGCCUCCACGGAAUCGAUAACAGAGCAUAUGAGAUGACCAAGUUAGCACACAGAGUGUCGUUGCUGGACGAGCAGCAGUUUCUGAUCAUCCACGCCACGGCGGACGAAAAGAUCCAUUUCCAGCACACAGCAGACCUCAUUGCACACCUCAUUAGAGGAAAGGCUAAUUACAGCUUACAGAUCUAUCCGGACGAAAGCCAUUACCUGACCAGCGCCCCUCUGCAGCAGCACCUGGACCGCUCCGUCAUCAACUUCUUCGUGGAGUGUUUCAGCGUCCAGGACAAAGCCCCCACAGUCGCCCUGAAAGAGGAUGAAGAAGAGGAUUGAGCUCGAGGGGUCCGUGCGAGGCGGGCGGCGGCUCAUUCUAGGACGAUUCGCAGCCGACAAUUGUUUUUCCCCGGGAAGAAGAAACGUUCUGUUCCAGCAUGUCUGACAGGGAGCAGCGAGCAGCCCGGCUCUCCUGCCGCAAGAACAUCACGCAUGCCUGAGUGGGCAGCUUUGGACCCUCCCGCCGCCUUCCCCCACCCCGUUUCUGCCAUAGUGUGACUGCCGGGUCAGGUCACCCCGAGGACAGUCCCAAGGCUCUGGGGGGGUGGUGGGGAGGGGGCGCAGAGGGAAGAGAAGGCUGCCGGCGAGCGUGCACCCUGGAAGACCACACAAGCAGGAGCGUCGUGACCCCCACCUGCCCCCUUAGAGCAUGGAGUGAGCCAUGGCGCCCUCCCCGGCCCGGCUACCCGGAACAAAGAGUAGAGCACAAUUGUUUCCCAGGUUCUGGUUCGCCCCUCUGUCUGCUUUGCCCCAGCUCAACUCGGAGCCCAGUCAUCCCUCCGAGGGCGGGUGGCUGCUCUGCUGAGAACGGACCCUCGUCCGCUGUACAGAGUUAUUACUGUAGUUACGCUGCUGUUGAACCUCAUGUAAUUAAUUCGUAUUUUUAUAUGGUUUUUACCGGAUGCUCUGUCUGUUGCCAUCUGCCGUCGCUUCCCCGCCCCCAGUCAAGGCCCUUUCAGCUCUCCGAACGAAGAGACGACGAGUGGGGUGAGCGAAGCGCUCUGCCCUACCUUUCGGAAACCCGGGAGGGAGAAGGGUUGGUUGCCGGAGGCCGAUCUCCCACAUUCCACGGGCCUGGAUUUUGUUUUGGGUUUGGUGUCCGCCUGUCCUGCCUUUCCCCCGUCCGGUCUCUUGUCGCCAACCUGGCAGAAACAGAGCUUCGGGUCCGCCCCGAGCUCUUCCCGGUUACCUGGCAGAACGACAACCUUGCUUAUUGGAGGUGGUGUGUUGGCAGGAGCUGCCCCCCCUGCCCCACCUCCACCCCAAGGGGAGCGGGCCCAAGCUGACCUUGUAAACUCUAUUCUGACCAAAUGUACAGCCCGUACUAAUUAACAGUGUAUAUUUCACUUUGUUGUAUAUAAAGGAAUGUCAGUCGGUUGUUCGUGAAGUCCCUUGGCCGAUAUUAGUCCUGUGUUCAGCGUGCAUGCGCUCGCUCCCCUUCGCCGAUCAGAACUCCCUAGACGUGCUCGUUCGAACUAUAUCAAUUAAUGGCAUUUCUUUGAUCGUUUCACCCACCUGAACGUCCUCGCCGACUUCUCCGUUUUCCCAUCGUGCUGUGGGGGAGGCCGCGUCCGCGUGGAUCUCCCAUGCUUUGGGUUUGUGUUUGGUUUCUUUCUAGACUCUCUCAGCUUUGGAUGUUGGUGGAACUCAGAUCAUCAGGGCAGCGGGCCAUCUCGGGAUGAUCCCACCCCCCCGGGAGGAGUGGGUAUGCGCCACGCCCACGCUGCGCUACCGCGACGGGCUCAUUUGUCUGGGAACAAACUUCAUCAUGAGGGGACCGGUUCUGUUCACGAGCUUUUGUAGGAGGGCAGUUGGGCUUGUGGCAUGGUAGUGUUGGUUCAUCUAUGGAAUAAAACAUUAUUUUACCACU